AUGAGUAACACAAGCCUUGGUCUGUCCCCAAAUUCGUUAAUUCAGUUGAAAAUCCCACCCAAAUUUCGCGCCAGAAAUUGCCGCACGAAUUUCUCAGCAGUCUCAGCUCGUCUUGACAAUUCCAAAAGCAACUCAGCAGAACCACAACUCAAUCUCUCCGUCCUCCGCUUCACACUAGGAAUACCUGGGCUUGACGAAUCCUACUUACCCAGAUGGAUUGGAUAUGGGUUUGGUUCGCUUUUGAUUUUGAACCAUUUUGCUGGUUCCAUUUCACCCGCCAGCACAACCCCGGCUCAGCUUAGAACAGAGGCUUUGGGUCUAUCUCUGGCGGCAUUUUCCAUAGCACUUCCCUAUCUAGGAAGAUUUCUCAAGGGUGCUACUCCAAUGGAUCAAACUAGCAUCCCACGAGGGUGUGAGCAAAUAUUUGUGAUAUCACAAAAUGUCUCAAAUACUCAGAAGGAGGACUUGGCUUGGGCUACGUACAUCUUGUUGCGCAAUACAAACACCAUAGCCGUGAUAAUAUCAAUUCGAAAUAAAUUAUGCGUGCGCGGCUACUGGAACAUACCAGAUGAUGUAUCAAAAACCAAUGUACUUGGUUGGUUUGAGAAACAGAUUGAAAGCAUUGGUCUUUCUGACGUGAAGGAAACCCUAUACCUUUCUCAGAUUGAAGAUUCUGGACUUUGGGAGAUGCUACCACAAGGGACUCGUUCUCUCCUUGUACAACCAAUUGUGCAAGUUCUGCCCUCAAGUGAUAAUGAGAUUCAAAAAAGUGAAGGAUUUGUCUUGUUGGCUUCAAGCAUGAGGUAUGCAUAUAGUGAUAAAGAUAAAGCCUGGAUCACAGCUCUUGCAAACAAAUUUAGAGGUAAUCGAUAA